AUGGUGCCUUCAGACAACGGUUUCGUGUGGCAGGUGACUCAGGAGCGUGGUAAGAAGCAGCCAUCAUCUGAAAGAACGGAGAAAGAGCAGCGAAAGGUGGACGAUGCUGAGGAGAGGUUUAUCAGGAGCAGCGAAGAGAAGGAAGGGAAGGAAGAGUUGACAGGAGCAGCGAAACACAGGACUCAUCUGUGUGGUGUUCGCUGGGACAGGCAGCUGGCCAAUGAGCGUGUGACAGGUGGCGAGUGUUCGCAAGACGCUGCGAUCUUCGUUUCGGCAUCAGGACGACUCCUGCAGUGGGACAUGGCUCCUAUUGCUGCUACUGCACAGCAGCGUGCUCAUGAAGCGAAUAAUGCUCCAGCAGAAUCACAGCACUCCCCAUCAGCACCACAGCACAGCUAUCCCCUCCUCCCCUCGCUUCCCCACUGGGUCACCAUCACUUCCGUCUCUGUUGGCCUCCAGCAUUGCCUCGCGCUCUCAGGUGAUUCCUCAGGUGCCUGCCUGUUGUGCUGUGUGCUGCUGCCCCCCCCAUCCUCCCCCGUCUCUGCUGCCCUCCACCAUUGCCCCGCGCUCUCACGCAGUGGAAUGGUGUGGGCGUGGGGCGAGGGCGGUGAGGGGGAUGAGAUGCAGAUGGGGUUCGAAUCUAACCAACACACACAUGAAUCCUCUCGCCUUCCUGCCCCCUCUACCCUCUACCCAGAGCAGGCAGUGGAAUGCAGCCAGUGGAAUGGUGUGGGCGUGGGGCGAGGGCGAGCAGGGUACGGCAUGGUGUGGGCGUGGGGCGAGGGCGGUGAGGGGCAGCUGGGGGUGGGCAGGCGGGUGGGGAAGGUGACAGUGCCGGUGUGCGUGAUGCUGCCUGCUUCUCCUGCAGCAUCCGUUAUAAGCAACAGAGAUGACUCGUUACAAGCAACAGCGGUGGCGUGUGGAGGGAGGCACAGCCUGGUGCUGGCAGGCGGAGGAUGGCUCGCUCUUCUCCUUUGGAUGGGGCCAGUAUGGGCAGAGGAUGGCUCUUCUCCGCCAUGCCCCUUCUCCUUUGGAAGGGGCCAGUAUAGGCAGUGCGGCCACGGCACAUCAGACGACCAUCUCUCCCCCACCCGCCUCGCCUCAUUCGCCGGCCUCUCGGUGACAGCCAUCGCUGCUGGUCUCUGGCACUCCCUCGCCCUCGCCCUCCCUGCUGGUUCCAUCAGCAACUGUGGUGCCGCUACUGGUGGCGGUGGUGGUGGUGGUGGUGCUGCUGCUGCUGCUGGUGUUGACGACCAUCUCUCCCCCACCCGCCUCACCUCCUUUGCCGGCCUCUCGGUGACAGCCAUCGCUGCUGGUCUCUGGCACUCCCUCGCCCUCGCCCUCCCUGCUGGUUCCAUCAGCAACUGUGGUGCCGCUACUGGUGGCGGCAGUGGUGCUGCUGCUGCUGCUGACGUGGAGGUUGGCAGUGAUGACGUUGAACUGGAAGGGGGUGACGUGUACAGCUGGGGAGGCAAUCAGUUUGGCCAGCUGGGCACUGGCGACACGGAAGCUAAGGUGUGA